AUGGAUGCAUGUCAAUCAGUACCCGUUCCCGCGGGAUACAGCUUGGAGUAUCCAUACCACGGCAGCAGUGUCCGAGCUAAGUACAGUUGUACGACAAAUACUGAUCAACCGCCGGUCGACCACUGUCCAGUAGUAAGCUGUGAUGGUCAACACAACCUCACACCCACACCUGCCUCAUGUUCAGCCAACACAACGGUAAACCCAGUACCCCACAAAGAAAAACCCUCCAGCCCCCCGCCCCCUCAUCUGCCCCCUGCCUCACACACCACAGUAGUAGCAUUUACAAACGUUAACUCAGUGAAAGAGGUGUUCAACAGCAGCUUGUCUGAGUAUGAGGGAGGGGUUACCUGUACCGUGAGGGGCGUGACUUGUCAGAGGUGGGAUACCAACUACCCUCAUACACCGAAUUACUUGGCUGGGCGGAGUGAUCUGGGAAACAGGUGUCGAGUAGAAUCGGAGCAGCGUCCGUGGUGUUACACAACAGAUCCAGAAAUGAGGUGGGACUUCAGUGCAGUGCAAGACAUACAUUGUGGAGCCCCGCCCACUAUACUGACCCCGUCCAACAUGACAGAAGCUGGAAUCAGUACAGAAUGGCCAUAUCGAGGUUCUUACGCAUUGGCGUGUUACCAGUGUACGUCCUUGACAACAGGUGACCCCGUGUCCAGUUGCCCUGUAACGCUCUGUGACGGAAACCUCAUGUGGUCGAAAGCUAACCUUUCCUGUUCAGUGAAGGACUGUUAUAACGUCACCAGUCUGACCUACAACGGUCGUGUAUCCUGUACAGAGCAUGGUAUUACGUGCCAACGAUGGGACACCAACGAACCGCAUUCGCACUGGAUACUCAGCGGGCGCAGUGACCUUGAAAACUGGUGUCAAAUCGGCGAAGAGGAGAAACCUUGGUGCUAUACUACCAAUCCCCAUUUUCGAUGGCAAUACUGCCCAGUGGAGGAAUGUCCUUAA